AUGCACCCCUCUGCUUCACCGAUGGUGCUGCCAGAGCUCACCAGUGGGUCCAACUCACCCUCGAUCUCGUCUCUGGAUACCGCGUCGGAUACCGAAUCCGUGGCGAUAGAGGAGCACACAUGUUUCCGAAGUGGCGAGGGAUCAUGGCCGAAGUCCCAUCAUCCUGGGAGGCUCCACCGUGGGAAGAUCACAGUCUCAAAGAUCGACGUCGUCGUGGAGUACGGCAGCGGCGUCGCAGAUCUCGGGAAAUCCGUCCUUGGGGGAGUCCAGCAUGAGCCGCCGCGACUGAAUGGCGCAAGGAGAGAUGACAUGGUCAAAUCAGGAAGAUAUACGUGUUUGUUCCAUCCUCUGGACUGUCACGAUGCCUUUGACGAUGAGGCAGAAUGGAGGACCCAUGUCUUGAGCCAUUUUCGGACGCACCCAACGCCAAAAACGGCACGAUGUCCCAUCUGCCCAGACACGGAGUUUGUCGACCAAGGUCUUGCUUCAGAUCAAUCUUCCAGAUCUGACUCGGACUCGUUGACGUAUCACGACCUGUCGGGCACUCUCUCCACGCGCCCAAAGGAGGUAUCAUCGCAGGGCUCUCCUGUCUCAGCCUCGGCCUGGGAUUGUCUGCUCAGCCAUGUUGCCACGGAACAUUACCAGCACGGUCAGACGCUGGCAGGAAGUAGACCGGACUUGAGCUCAUGCGCUACAUGUAUGGGCGACGGAUCAUCACCGACGCCCAGUUCAAAGCAAUUCAGUUGGCGCCUGCACCGUCGAGUCCGGCGUAUCACCGCUCCCAGGAUGGGGUGCGGGCAAAUAUUGGCUCUGCAGAUGAGCCAUACUGUGCGCCCUAUAGUCGUCGACGAGAAGAUAGAAUGCGGGGGCAGCAAAGAGGGAUCAGCUUGGUUCUUUGAACUGCGAGUGAUCGACCUUGAAUCCUCCGAUGAUGAAGCUUGA